UAUCUCUUUUUAUUCAACCAAGAUGGCCGCGCCCAUGAAACAGUAAAUAGUGAGAACCAAAUGGGGAAGUUUAACUAAAGAGUGUGUUCUCCUGUUUGAAAAAUGGAUGUGCCUGUUAGCAACAUGUCUUACAAGCAGCUACACGAGGAAUUUAUGACCGGAUUGAAUGGGUCGUCGUUGGCGGAAGUUUCUGUACUGACAUUAAUCCCAGUUGGUUCUACUCUGGUCCGUGAUCUGUUUUGUCUCUUCGUGAGCGACUUCACCCAGCCAUGGUUGAUUGUGCUGAAUAUGGUGAUCAUCGUUGCUCCCUUGCUUCUCAGCCUCACCAUCCUCAACUUCACAGACUUCACCAUCCUGGUCUCCCUGUAUACCACUGCCACAGGCAUGCUUGCCCUCAUUGUAACAAGGCAUACACAGUCAAGAAAAACACAGCAGUCAAGAUCUGGGUCACUUGUAGAACAAUUCCUGAAUUUGGAGAUGGGUAACAGACGACCUUUUCUGUCGUAUCUCCGAGGUCAAACACUUCUGGGAACUGCAGUAACCAUACUGGCUGUUGACUUUACUGUGUUUCCAAGGAGAUUUGCUAAGACUGAGAUCUAUGGAACUGGUUUGAUGGAUACAGGAGUCGGGUUGUUUGUUGUUUUAAAUGCGAUUGUCUCCCCUGAAGCCCGGGGAAAGGUGAGCUGUAAAAGCCCAGUGCUGGCCAUGGUGCAGGCUGUCAAAUCCAGCAUGCCACUGGUGGUCAUUGGAGCUCUACGACUGCUUGCUGUGAAGAACAUUGACUACCAAGAGCAUGUGUCAGAGUACGGAGUUCACUGGAACUUCUUUCUCACCCUGGCUUCUGUCAAGGUUUUAUCAACUGUGAUUCUGUCAGUUUUCCCCGUGUACUUGAGUGGCCUCCUGUCAAUCGUGAUGGCUGCUGGGUAUCAGUACAGCCUCACCAGUCUCACCACCUACAUACUGCACGGGGCAGAUGGGCGUGGCACACGGGCGGGGCUGCUCGACGCCAACAGGGAGGGCUUGUUCUCUUGUAUUGGCUACCUUGCUAUAUACUUCGCAGGGGUGGAGAUUGGAAGCUAUAUAUUUAGAAAAAGACACACUGUGCGAGAGUGGGUGUUAGUUCUCUCUGUGUUCAUCAGCAUGUCACUACUGUCAUGGAUAGGGCUGGGGAUAGUCAGCUACACCGUGCAGCCCGUCUCACGCAGACUGGCUAAUGCACCUUACUAUAUAUGGCUGAUUGCGCUCUCUUUCCAAAUGCUGGCCGUCAACUUGGCGGGAGACAUCACUGUGACCUGCGUCCAGUCUUUGCAUACAAGAGAUGGACGUGAGAACAAGAAGUUUGCAGACGACCUGAGCAGUACUUGCCUUCUCUCGGCCAUUAACUACAACGGUCUGCUGUACUUCCUGGCCGCUAACCUCCUGACCGGGCUGGUCAACAUGUCUGUCCAGACAUUGUACGUCCCUCCCUCCCUGGCCGUCACCAUCAUCAGCGUCUACAUCGCUGUCCUCUCCGGCCUCAUCAUGCUGCUCUACAGGAGAAAAAUCUCCACCAGGUUUUGGUAGUGAAAGUUUUUAUUUUGUUACAAAUUGUUAUUUCUCUACCAAGAUUUUGUAAUAAAAUAUCAUAUAUUUUUAA